AUGGCCGGACUAGCGUUGAACCUUCANNNNGUAUCACGAUGGGAUAAGGAGAGGGUCGUCCAGCAGCGAACUCGGGCGCUCGUCCCUCAGUCGAAUGUUGUCUCGAAAGUGGCUGAGACUGAGCUUUCGGUAUUGGCCAAUCUUAUUGCGCCACCAUCAGAGGGAGGGGAAGGACAGAGGUUCACUCUGAGGUUGUUCGAGGAUGUUGAUGAUGCUACUCCUAUGGAUAACGUCGAGGCAGCUGAUGAUGAAGUGCAUGAGGAACCGGAGACUAUCACAGCUGCUGUGGCAACUGAGUCCUACAGAGGUGCCCUUAAGGAUCUCGAAGAUGAUUUGGAGGAAGCUAUCGGUGGUAGUAAAAGUGCAGUUAACGAUUCGGUUCCCAACUUUGAUGGUUGGAUGUCCAUAGGAGUGGUAGCUGUCCGUACAUGCGUGCGAGUGAGGCCUCUACUCCCAGCUGAACUCGGAGCCGGAUGCUUGCCCUGUGUGGAAGUGGUUACUGGAACUGGAGACGGCGAAAAUGAGGUGGAUACCCAGCUGGCGGUUCGGCAGCCCUGCAUGGAUGGGACCUACCCCCCGGAAUUGAUACGAUUCCAUUCUUGCCUCGGACCGGAUACGACACAGAAAGAGGUGUUCGAGAGGUGUGGAGUCCGUGAUAUGCUGCAUGCAGUACUAGAGGGCUUCAAGGCGGCUGUAAUGGCCUAUGGUCAGACUGGUAGUGGGAAGACGUACACCAUGAUAGGCGAUCCCUCGAGUGGUGAUAUGGGAGGGCUUAUACACCACUGUGCCAGGGAUCUCUUUCGGCUGAUCAAAGAGCUUGGUCGUGAUGUAACAGUCCGUGCCUCUUUUCUGGAAUUGUAUAAUGAGAGGCUCAAUGAUCUUCUUGUAUCCCCUAUUGGUGGCACUAAGGAUAACCGAUCAGCAUCGCAUCGCCAUCCAAACCAGCUCCGUGUUCGAUGUACUGAGCGGAACUCUUUCUAUGUGUCGGGCCUGCGGAAAGUAGAAUGUGAGAGUGCUACAGACAUAGUGAAACUUUUAGCUGAUGGGACGGCGAAUAGGCAGGUGUAUGGUCAUGAAGUGAACAGAUACAGCUCAAGAUCGCAUUGUAUAUUUUCAAUAUUCUUGUCUAACGGUGGGAAGCUCACUUUUGCCGAUCUUGCUGGAUCAGAGAGGCUCAAAGAGUCACGAACAGAGACUCAGCAUAGAAAGGAAACGCAAUCGAUUAAUAAGAGCCUCCUCGCGCUGGGGAAGGUCAUCAACACUCUGGCUCAACAAGCACAGUGUGAGACAGCUGGGAUUCAUGUACCGUAUAGGGACAGCAAACUAACACAAAUAUUGGCGGACUCCCUUGGUGGCAGGGGUCUUGCGAUGAUCAUAUGUACAGUGAGCCCGGCCCAGAAGAACCACGCAGAGACGGUGCACGUGCUCCAAUAUGCACUGAAGGCGAUGAGUAUAUCAAAUGUACCAUUGCGGUUGAUGUAUGGAUUGAGAGCGGCGAAUACUCCUGCGGAUGCGGAGCUCAACUCGGAAAGACAGAAGACCCUCGACCUCAUGCGAGCCGAGGUGGCGAGGCUGCGAGCUGAAAAUCGUGGUUUCCAAUCGAAGAAUCGUGCUUUGGAGCGAAUGCUUGGCAAGAUGACUGCCAACAGACGUGCUAUUGGCAGUAACUCGUAUGCCCAGCGGUCGGACCUAGAUGCGGCAUGGUCAUCGGGCUCGGACUCUGAACCCUCUAGCUACUAUAGCGGAAGUGUUAUAAAACCACAGUCGCUCUCGGUGAAGGGCAUCAGGACGAGAGUGAAACUCAGACCAGUUGUUGAAAGGAUCCUCGGGGAUCUGGAGAGGAGGAGCCCGAAUCAAUGGCGAUGUAAAUUCAGUGUGGGGCCCCGGCCAAUAGGUGCUGAUGGUGACAUAAGUGAUGUGGCAACCGACGAGAUGAUAGGGAAUGAGCAGUUAUUAGAAUCUCCACUAAAGGAAGCCGAUAACCUUCCUCUAUGGCAACGACUGCGGACACAUCGGGCCGAGACGAGCCUUCAGGGAUUGCCGUUGGUCACUUCUUCUGAGGGGACGCCUCGUGAAGAGCUAGCUAGUGGUGGUGGGGUAGAGGAGAGCAGAAUGAGUGAGGACUCACUCCUUGAUUGGCCAAGGGGUCACGCUGGACCACAAGAACAGGCUCUUAGGAGAUCUUCAAUAGGAAGCAGCGUUCAAAGUGACGGAAUAGGGCUCGGACCAGACGUAGAGCCUUGGCGGCAGUCUCCUAGGAUAGAGGAGUGUGCCCUCAUACAAGAUUCUUUAGAUGUCGCUAUGAGCAGGCUACUUCGACGGGGUGCCCUCCUUCCCAAAGUUUGUACUCCUACGUACUGGGCGAUCUCGGUUCGGCGAUCGUUUUGUUUCGAGAAAAAGCGAACUUUUAUAUUCAAGAAGGCGAAACCUCUGGAGAACACUGAAAGGCUACGAGGGGAAGAUCCCGAAGAGCAUUGGCCACCGGGAAAUAGAGCCGGGGAUUUGCAGUUGCCUUCUGAAUUGAAUAGGAAACUGUUUGUCUACAACUCACGGCAUACGUGUGGGAGGAAGCGAUCAACGGUCCUUAUGGUGACACAAGGUGACAGGCAUAAGCCGAUCCUUACACUCAACCGUGAGGAGUUUGAAGGGGUUAUGGCUGCAAGGGAGGAGGCGGAGAGAGAGAUCGUCAAUUUUGGUAAGAAGCUCUGA